AUGGACAAGAUCAAGGAGAGAAUGAACAACCUCCGCCUGGAGGCUGACGAUGCCCAGGCCAAGGUUGAGGAGUUGAAGGUCAAAGUGAGGACGCUGGAACAGGAGAACCUGGCCAAGGAGCAGGAAAUCACAUCCCUCAACCACCGAAACCAGCUCUUGGAGGGUGAGGUGGAGAAGUUGGAACUCGCCGUGAAGGAGGCCAAGGACUCUGCCACCCAGAGUGCCCAGCACGACACCCAGAACGAAGCCCUUCAGAGACGCCUGCAGCUGCUGGAGGAAGAGGCUGAGGAAGCCGAUCGGAAUCUGCGCGAGACCAACGAGAAACUCCGCCAAACCGACGUCAAGGCCGGCCACUACGAGCGUAAAGUCCAGGCCCUCGAAGCGUCUCGUGACCAGUGGGAGAGCAAGUACGAGGAGAUGGCCAAGAAGCACAGCGAGCUCGAGAAGGAUCUCCACGACCUCGAGGUUUCCAUCAGCAACGUCUAA